UCUGUACAAGAUCUUUCUGUACAUGUUUGCAAUAUUGCUGAUUUUACUAUGUGCGUUUAAUGGUUUCCGAUCAAGUGGUAUCGGAGGACGCAAGGUGGUGAAGCCAGACCCUGUACCAAGUGUCUCCUGUGGAAUAAGCCCUCCAAUCAACAGCUUGACGGCUUGGUAGCUUGACAGCGAGUUGUCAAGCUUUAUGAAAAUCCGUUACCAGGUUGCUCAAAUGUCUCUCAAGAUCUUUCCAGAAAAUCUGAUGAUCGUACGGAUUAUCUAGGUUCAAGGGUCGCAAGACGUCUGCAACAUUUCGACGGAACGCCGAUGGACGGCCAGGAAACGCGCCGCUUCCUUAGCCAAUACAGCUCGACGAUUGGUUCUUACCGGCAGAGGCUUAAGGAAGACCUAAAAUAUUUCAAACACACGCAAAUGAAGCUACCACCAAAAACAUCUUCGCGACCAGACUUCUUGGUUGUUCCUGGCCCUGGAGAACCCUCUUGGCUCAACAUAUUGGGUGGUGUUGAUCUUGUUGGUGUCCGUUCUACGGAGUCGUAUGACAGAGGAGCAACCAAAAUCCAGAUACGAGCAAAAAAUCCGUUGGUGCCACAUGCGAGUCGAAACGGAAGACGUAGAAAUGGAGAGUCCGACCGUCACAUGGCGCAUUCGCUGAUUGUUCGCCAACUUGCAGCUAUGAAAGGCAUGAACCACGCACGCUUCUUAAAUAUUCUGCAUUGGGGCAGAAAUCGAUUCACUCCUCUUCGAAUCAUGAAAGGUGGAGACAUCCAUGGCGUCUCGCCUCCUAAGUAUUACUUUCGCAACGAGUUCAGUUCCGCCAAUGAGUGCAGCAUCGACAACGACACAGGCGAUCAAACCAAGAGCCUCAGCAACUGCCAUGAAUUUCUCGAUGACGAUGUAGAUCCUGUGCUUAGAAAAAUUGGGUUACUCUAUUCGGGAAAUGGAUAAUGAAGAGGAUUGGGAACCUAAUGGCAUGGCUCCCUUCGUCUAUUAUCUCACGGAGCAAUUCUUCUCAUACAAGACGAUCAAGCGAACAAACCGCCUCUGGUGACAGCACCGCAGUGUGGUAUGAAAACUAUUUGGGCGCCUGAAGAAUUCGCUCGUAACGA